AUGAGUCAAUACGUUCACGUCCCGAAGUCGGAGCUCGAUGAGGCUCAGCUCCGUGCGCUGGAAGAGCAUGAAAUUAGCCAGGGCCCCUUGUCCGUGCUGCAGCAGGCGGUUCGAAAUCACACGCAAGUCCUCAUUUCCCUUAGAAGCAACAAAAAGCUGCUAGCACGUGUCAAGGCGUUUGACAGACACAGUAACAUGGUUCUGGAGAAUGUGAAGGAGAUGUGGACAGAGAUGCCCAAGGGGAAGAACAAAAAGCCUGUGAACAAGGACAGGUUCAUCAGCAAGAUGUUCCUGCGGGGAGACUCUGUGAUCCUAGUUCUGCGUAACACUGCAUAG